UUCCCUCCUCCCCAAGUGCAGCGAGGCGUCCGGCCGGGGCUGGCUGUGCGCGUCGUCGCUGCUGCUGCUGCUGCUGCCGGGCGCCCGGGCGGUGGAGGUGGAGGAGGAGGAGGAGGAGGAGGAAGAGGGGCCGCGGGGGUGGGCCUCGCCUCCGCCCCGCUCCGCCACCGCAGCGACGGCUCCUGCUCCGGCUCCGGCGAGCGCGGCCGAGGGGCAGGUGAGAUUUGAUAAUGGGCUGCAUUAAAAGUAAAGAGAACAAAAGUCCUUCCAUUAAAUAUAGAACUGAAAAUACACCAGAACCUGUCAGUCCAAGCAUCAACCAGUAUGGAACAGAACACACAACAGUGACACCGUCAUCUUCAACAAAGGGAACAUCUGUAAAUUUUAGCAGUCUUUCCAUGACACCAUUUGGAGGAUCCUCAGGGGUAACACCUUUUGGAGGAGCAUCUUCAUCAUUUUCAGCGGUGCCAAGUUCAUAUCCUGUUGGUUUAACAGGUGGUGUUACUAUAUUUGUGGCCUUAUAUGAUUAUGAAGCUAGAACCACAGAGGAUCUUUCAUUUAAGAAGAGUGAAAGGUUUCAAAUAAUUAACAAUACGGAAGGAGACUGGUGGGAAGCAAGAUCAAUUGCCACAGGAAAGAAUGGCUAUAUCCCUAGCAAUUAUGUAGCCCCUGCGGAUUCCAUUCAGGCUGAAGAAUGGUAUUUUGGCAAAAUGGGGAGAAAAGAUGCCGAAAGGUUACUUCUAAAUCCAGGGAAUCAACGAGGUAUUUUCUUAGUAAGAGAAAGCGAAACUACUAAAGGUGCUUUUUCCCUGUCUAUUCGUGACUGGGAUGAAGUAAGGGGCGACAAUGUGAAACACUACAAAAUUAGGAAACUUGACAAUGGUGGUUACUAUAUCACAACCAGAGCACAAUUUGAAACCCUGCAGAAACUGGUAAAACACUACACAGAACAUGCUGAUGGCUUAUGUCAUAAGUUAACAACUGUGUGUCCAACUGUGAAACCCCAGACUCAGGGCCUGGCAAAAGAUGCUUGGGAAAUUCCUCGAGAAUCUUUGCGACUAGAGGUUAAGCUAGGACAAGGAUGUUUUGGAGAAGUAUGGAUGGGAACGUGGAAUGGAACGACAAAAGUAGCAAUCAAAACACUAAAACCAGGCACAAUGAUGCCAGAAGCUUUUCUUCAAGAGGCUCAGAUUAUGAAGAAGUUAAGACAUGAUAAACUUGUUCCUCUGUAUGCUGUUGUUUCUGAAGAACCAAUUUACAUAGUCACUGAAUUUAUGUCAAAAGGGAGUUUGUUAGAUUUCCUGAAGGAAGGAGAUGGAAAAUAUUUGAAGCUCCCACAACUGGUUGAUAUGGCUGCUCAGAUUGCUGAUGGAAUGGCAUAUAUUGAAAGAAUGAAUUAUAUUCACCGAGAUCUUCGAGCUGCUAAUAUUCUUGUAGGAGAAAAUCUUGUGUGCAAAAUAGCAGAUUUUGGUUUAGCAAGGUUAAUUGAGGACAAUGAAUAUACAGCAAGACAAGGUGCAAAAUUUCCAAUUAAAUGGACAGCUCCUGAGGCUGCACUAUAUGGUCGAUUUACAAUCAAGUCUGAUGUAUGGUCAUUUGGGAUUCUACUGACAGAACUGGUAACCAAGGGCCGAGUGCCAUAUCCAGGCAUGGUCAACCGUGAAGUGCUGGAACAGGUAGAACGCGGAUACAGGAUGCCUUGCCCUCAAGGUUGUCCAGAAUCCCUUCAUGAAUUGAUGAAUCUUUGCUGGAAGAGGGACCCAGAUGAAAGACCAACAUUUGAAUAUAUCCAGUCCUUCCUGGAAGACUAUUUCACAGCUACAGAGCCACAGUACCAGCCAGGAGAAAAUUUAUAGAUCAAGUAGCCUAUUUUCUAUGCACAGAUCUGCCAAAAUGUAAAGACCUUGUGUUGUCGUCGUCUUACAUGCAUCCAGGAAUCAAAAGAAGAAAAAUCUUCAUUCUGCAUGUUUUUAAUGGUAAACUGGAAUACCAGAUUGGUUGCACAAAACCACUUUUUCCCCCCAAGGGUUAAACUGAAGCACCAGUGAUGAAUUUUUCUACUUAUUUCAGGGUCCAAAGAAAGUAUAGCUAAGAAUUAGAUAAUAGUGAAAAUGAAAGCAAAGAUAAGACAACUCUUUAUUAAUCACUCUUACCCCCAAAUCUAGACUUCUUAAGAGUAAAUA